GGGACGAGGAGCCCCCCACCUCACCCCGCCAUGUAAAUCAUCGCUUGAGGCCUGACUAAUAUCAACUACAUCAAUGUUGCCCGAGGGCGCUGCUGUUUGGGCUGUAGCCCCACCCACUUCUGAGACAACACCUGAGAGAGAGAGAGAGGGACUCGCCACACACACCUAACAUCACCAAAUGCCGCACGCACAUGCACACAACCGCAAUCGCACCUGAGCCCUGGGAGCACAGCGCAGCCGCCUGCGUGCCGACGAGUCAGUGGCUACGGAGCGUGGAGUGGCUCUGUGCCGGCGGAAUAGGAGGCGACGCCGCUGCUACAACCACACCAGAAAACGUAUUUUAGAACAAAGAUGGAGACCAUUCCGGAGCGCAAGCCCAAAAGGCCCCACUACAUUCCCCGACCGCCGGGAAAGCCCUUCAAGUACCAGUGUUUCCAGUGUCCGUUCACCUGCAACGAGAAGUCCCAUCUCUUCAACCACAUGAAGUACAACUUGUGUAAAAACUCAAUUUCCCUGAUGUCGCAGAAGAACGGCCAAACAGCCCGACAGGUCAAAGCUCAGGCUAAAGGAGUCCCUGUCAAAGCCAAGGGCUGCUCCAGCCCCACGCCUGAAGUUCAGAGCGAGCAGCCGGAGCAGCGGGAGGCGGAGGAGAACAAAGCGGAGAGCGCAGGCAGCGGCGAAGAAGUAGACGUCGGGCGCGAGAGCCCCGGCGACGAGGACGGCCGCGACGCCACCAAACCAGAGGCGGACGACGACGACGAGGGAGAGAACAGUGAGAGCAACGAGGCCAAGUCUCUGCCGCGCCCGUCCGCCUUCUCGCCGGUCACACCCAGCCGCGAUGGAGCCGAGGCCUUCAAGCCGCCUGUGCAGCAUUCCGAGGAUUCGCGAGCUCCUACUCCGACUCCGACGUUCAACCACCCGGGAUUCCCAUGGGGCACGAUGUCAUCCUCCAUUCCUUUAAAGCCGUUCCCCUCUCAGAUGGUCCCCGAGUACUCCCCUUAUCUCCUUCCCGAACAGGCCUUGUAUUCGUCAUACUACCUGGCAGGAAACCGCCAUUCAAAUGAGCCAAACUCUGCUGCUUUCCGUCCGGGUUUUCUGGAUCCUCAGAGGCCACUGGUGCCGCAACCUCUCACUGCGCCUCACGCUCUGUUUCCUCCGUGCACUUACAGAUACUGCCACCCCCUUCAUCCAGGCCACGCUCUCCAUUACACCCUGUACAGGCCACCGGAGCUCUCAAUGCCAGUCACAGGCCAUCGAUAUAUUCCUUUGGACCUGUACGGUCACGCCCUUGGGCCCAAGGAUUAUGACUUGUACCUGCAUUCGCACGCCAGCCUCAAUGCGUCUACAGAGGAGCAGAGCAGCGCUGGGCAGAGCGGGGACAAAGCCACCAGGCUGAGCCCCGUAGCGGGCUGUUCAGCCUCGGGAUCCCCCGACAGGCCCGACCACGCGCACGGCGUCCAGAGAGGCACCCAAGGCCCACAUUGCUCCAACGUGGCGGAGCUACACACAGCGAGCGAGCCGCGACCCACAGCUGCAGCCGCGCACCACUCCACAAGAGACCUACAGGAAGCGUCUGCAGAGAGCGUGAGGCAAACGACCCUGCAUGCAGACAAAGGGUCAAGUGGCAGCAGCACAAAUUCAUCCACUCCUGCUCCUGAGCCACAUCCUGAAACUAGAACAAAGUACGUUGAGAAUGAAAGGACAGAAGAUGUGGCUCCUCUCAACCUCUCAACAAGAAACAAGGACAAGGAGAGAAGCUCAUCCGAACACAGACUGAUGUGGUCAGAAACAGAGAAAGCGGAGGAGGAGCUGCCUCUGAACCUCAGCCUCCGCGCAUCACACAGCAGCCCUGCAUGUAGCUCCACCCCGAACACUGCCCAGAACCCUCAGCUCGGCGCAAACAGAGACUUGGAUGAAGAACCGUGUGACCAGAGGCAGAGCGCGGCGCUGGCCCUCUGCCAGCUGUCUAUAGCCAGCUCUGUUGCCUCCUCAAAUGACCUUAGCGCUGCAAACAGGCCCCCGAAAGAGUCGCUGCACGCUACAAACCCUGGCUCUCUGGAGGAAAAUAAGCCCAGCAAGACAAAAAAGAAGAGAGCAAACAGUGGCCGAGCCGACAAUAGCUGCCAUGAACCAAACAAGAAGGCAAAAGCAUCGGGACGUGUUCUGAGGAGAAGGCUUCGUUGCUGCUAGAAAGUGUUCACAGUUUCUUAAGUAUUGAUAACUCACACCAAUAAAAGCCUCAGAAAGAGCAAAAUGAUAGAUCAUUUAAAAUGCAUAUCUUGAACCCAGAAAGUCUCAAACCUCUAAAACAGAUUAGCACUCUGCCAGUGGAUGUGGUGGUUCCCAUGACGAGUUUACGAAGGUUGAACGAGAAAGCAAGUGUCUGCAUGCCCUCCAGCUCCGUGUUACUAAGUGCCUGCCAUAAUGAACACCUGUGUUCCCUGUGCGGGGAAAAUUAUAACACUUUGAUUGAGUGCUGAAAGAUUUGAUUACUCAUUCACGAGGGAAGCGUUUAUGUCACUGUGAUAAGAUCACCUGUCUUGCCUGUCAUAGGUAUGUACAUACUAUGUCUUAUUGUACCACAAUAUUGGAAAAGCACUCAGCUUUUAAACCGCAACAUUUUUUGUAAUGUUACAAAAUGUGAUGCAACACAUAAUAAAACAAUAAAACUGC